GAUUCAUAUGACUUGAUUUAAGCGCCUAUUAAAUACAGUUCAAUGUUUGUAUAAAUUUUCAUCCAUUUCAAUUUUGUUUAAUACUUUCUUUCAUUGAUUUUAAAAAAUGAGUGAUGAGCACAGGCACCUUUUAUCAACUGUACCAACACGGCAGACUUAUUUAGCAUGUCCUGAAACUGUGGAUCCAAUGUACCAUGCACCAGUCGACUCGAACUCUAUACAUUCUUCCCCUUCACUCGAUGCUCAACUAUCAGAAGAUGAAGAUUAUCUACAACAGGAACGUCGCAUGUCCACAGUUAGCUCAAUCGAAACCUAUAACAGUGAGGAGCAAGAGUUGGCGGCAAAAAAACAGAAGUAUGCUACUGACAGUUUGGCCUAUGUUCAACGCCUUGAAAAGAUAUUUGAUUACUUCUCAUCGUCUUUAUAUUUGGAGAAUACGGUUGCUGUUGCAAGAGAUCAUUUAGCCAACGAGCGUACAUACUUGGCCUGGGUUAGAACUAGCUUGUCGACUAUUUCUAUCGGCGUUGCAAUUACACAGUUAUUUAGACUAGACAAAGACAUAUUUAAAGAUCCUCACAAAGCUGACGAACUUGCACAGAUUGGCAAACCACUUGGCCUAUCCUUUAUCAUGAUUGGCAUGAUGUAUAUGAUUUUUGCUGUCAUCCGCUAUUUCCACUCUCAAGUCGCCAUGACAAAAGGCUACUUCCCCGCUAGCCGUGGUAUUAUUAUAUUCGGCUCUGUUGCAACACUGACAGCUCUUAUUGCUGUCUUUGUAGUUGUUCUUCAAAUACAAUAGAUUUGAUAGAAUACCAUAUAUACCAUCCCGCUUUUAAUGGUCAACUAAAUUAGAAAUAAAGUUCACAACUGAAACAUUUGUGAAUCCAUUCUUGCGUUCAUUAAUUUAAAUUUCCUCUCUCGUUUCCGGACUAAGUCAUUGUAGUUACAUGUUUUAAUUUUUUGGUUAUUAAAGCGGCAUUAGGAUAUAUAUAUGUACAGUAGAGUUGUCUUUAAAGAGCUAAAAGGGAUACAUUGAUGUUCUAGGUAAACCGUUAAUUACAUAAGGCAUGUGAGGCUCAGCAUUCCACAGGAGAAAUCUCAAUCACACGGAAAUAG